GGGGGAGGCGCCUGAGCCCUAGCGGGCCGCCAACGGUCCGGCCCCGUCGGCGCAGAGGCUUCUGUCCGCGGCGCCCGGGAGCGACCCGGUUCCCGAUGUUCCCGCGCCGGCUGCCACGGGCCGGGCUGUGCGGUUAGUGCCCGGCUCCGGCCCCCUGAGGCGCCCGCGGGGGUGGGAGCGGCCUCGGCCCCGCGGAGACGGAGCGGCUGGAGGGCGAGGCGGCGGCCGCCGGGAGGAGGAUGGGGGCUAACCAAUUAGUGGUGCUCAACGUGUACGACAUGUACUGGAUGAACGAGUACACCUCAUCCAUCGGAAUUGGAGUUUUUCAUUCAGGAAUUGAAGUAUAUGGCAGAGAAUUUGCUUAUGGUGGCCAUCCUUACCCCUUUUCUGGAAUAUUUGAAAUUUCCCCAGGAAAUGCUUCUGAACUAGGAGAAACAUUUAAAUUUAAAGAAGCUGUUGUUUUGGGGAGCACUGACUUCCUAGAAGAUGAUAUAGAAAAAAUUGUAGAAGAAUUGGGAAAAGAAUACAAAGGCAAUGCCUAUCAUUUGAUGCAUAAAAACUGCAAUCAUUUUUCUUCGGCUUUAUCAGAGAUUCUUUGUGGGAAGGAGAUUCCUCGCUGGAUCAAUCGACUGGCCUACUUCAGCUCCUGCAUACCCUUCCUCCAGAGCUGCCUCCCGAAGGAGUGGCUGACUCCCGCGGCCCUGCAGUCCAGCGUCAGCCAGGAGCUCCAGGACGAACUGGAGGAGGCAGAGGAUGCGGCGGCCUCCGCCUCCAUGGGCAGCGCUUCAGCAGGCUCCAGGCCUGGGCGCCACACCAAACUCUAAGGGUCUCCAAAGUCACACGCUCAGAACUGGCCCUGGCAGUUGACUAUCCCUAGAGAAAAAGUCAAAGAAUAAAUGCCCUUUGGAUAUUUUGUAUGCAAAGAUGGCUCUCCCCCAGAUCCCAGGUUUUCAGCUCAGGAUUAUAUUUGUAAUCAAAAAACAAAAACAAUCACUUGGCGCAGGAGGGAGGACUUUGUAUGAAACUGCCCUCUGUUUUUUUUACCCACUUGUACACCUGGAUUUCCUCCUUCUGUUUUGUACAAGCUCUGUUAAGUUAUGUUUACAGUAUUUCGUAUCGCUGUUUACAAAUCUCGCAUGGACUUCCUGCCACCAUGAAAGAAGAAAGCCUUCCCGUCUUCAGCAGCGAGGCCAGGCCUCUCUGUGCACUUCCCACAGCGGCCCCAGCUGCGGCCUGAGCAGUAGGCCCGCGAGGAGGUGCUCACGCACUUAGAGUCACCACCACCUGCCUCACGGUUGUCUUUUAGGUGCGCUGGUCUUCCUUAACACGUUGGCACCAGGGUGCACAGAGGUGAAGGAGCACACGCAGCCCUGAGACCGUGGUCCGAGUGAGGGUGGCGCCACCCCAGGCUGCCUUCCUCCUCGCCCACCCCCCCCCCCCCCCCCCGGCGGCACAUCUCCGGAGGUCCCCACCCAGCGGUUACUUUCUUCCCAAAUGUGCGUCCACCCUCUGGAGGUGGCACACCCUGUUGUCUGCCAGGCUUUAGCGCCUCUGAUGCUGUAGGUAGAUGUUUUUGGUUACAGAUACUCUUGCUAGUAACAGAUGAUGUUUUUGCACAUGGGUUGGGGGGGCUUCCUUUUUAUCUUAAUACGUACUGAUCUCCCUGCACAGGAGUUUCUUCGUGGGGUAGGACUAUCCUAAGCGGUAGCCUUCUGAGUAGCAGUAUGAGUUGACAUUCAACUGCUUUUAACUAUUCAAGCUACCUUUUCUACUACACCUUGAAAACUAGAGUCUUCAAGUGACACUCUCCAGAAAGUCAAUACUUUGAUAAUGUAAACGUUUUAUGCACCAUAGCAGAAAGAGUAUGUUGGAAUUGGUUAGUUUCUUACGGUAGUUUCACCUCCCAGUAGAAAGCCUCGCCUCACUGACCUCUUGUUGGAAAAUCACACGUACGCGUCUUACAGGUCAUCUUUUCCGUUCUCUCAGAUGUAUGUCUCUUACUUAACUGACUCUAAGAAUGAAACUGUCACCACAGAUGAGUCCUCACUAGCAGGGAGCCUGUCUGCUCAAGUCUACUCCCAGUUUGACCCUUGGAUGUCAGAGCCCCGUCAUUACAUGUCACCUUCAGUGUUUCUGCCUUAAGAGCGAAUGUCCUACACAAAGUUUUGGAUGCAGUGUAUAAAUUAUCCAAGGCAGUGACUUCAGCGUUAGAGAUAUUGUUAGUUUUAAAGUCGUCUACUUUUCUUUAAACGUCUUCGUUGGGUUGUUUGCUGCUGUUCUUUGUAAGGACCCAUAUCCUUCAGUAAACUACAUUUUUUAACUUUUCCAUAAGCUGAUUUUGAUUGAUUUUUAUCAAAUUAAGCACACCCUGUUCAUAGGGGAAAUAAACUUUGGGUUUGACCUGAGGAAAAUGAACCCACUUAACCUAAUUUAUGCUUUUGGCGGUUUUGUUUCUGGAAAGGAAAGCCUUGGCGGAUUAUUCUCAGUUCUCGCAGGGGAGAGUGGGGGCAGGGGACAGAGCACUUGUUUUAAGAGAUGAGAGAGGAAGGAAUAUAUCAUCUUUAUGGCAAGUUGACUUGGUUCGGGUCUAAAAAUGAGAUUUAGAACAAAAUGCUAAAAAGACUCUUGACAAUGACUUAGUUCACUCCAAGAAGAGUCUUAUCACCAAAACCCAGGUUAGUGAAAAAAACGUUUGAUGCAGUUUGCUUGGGUUCUUUUUAAAAUAAUGUGGAUUCCAGUUUUUUCUAAUCUAUUCACAUGUACAUGAUUUUAAAUCUGUGCUCCUGACGCGCAUGGCAGAGCGGUGGUCACUUAGGCACGUGGCGGGGGGGCCCCAGGACCCUCCCGCAGUUCUCCAAGCCCAGCAUACAAAUGACUUUCGUGUUACUGUGUUGUAUUGACGUUCAUCCGCAGCAUUUAGAGUUUAGAAAUGACGUUAAGGACCCUGGUAAAAAGAAAUAGUGGCCUAAGGCCAGUUACCAUACAGUAAGAUAACAUGUUGGACAUGAGAUUGCUCGCAAUCUAAUCCCAUUCGAGGUCGAGAGCUAAGUGUCUUUGCUUUAGAAAUUCCCAUUUAAGUUAGUUUGCUCAUUGCAGUUCAAAGCUGAGAAGGAAUUGAAUUAACUAACAUUUAGCCACCUUUCCCUCGCCCUUGGAGGAGGAGAAUCUCGCUCUCAGCCUGAGCUCUGUUAAGAAAAAUCCUCUAUCACAGAUGCCGUCAUUAAGAUACCUGUGACGUGAUGGCGUCAGAUGCUCUCUUUGUGGUUGUAACCAAGUGAAACGCGUUUCUCAUGUGGCUGAGGCAGCCGGAGAGCCUUGAGGGAGUCAGAAGCUCCUGGUUUCUCCUCUUUGUUUUCGGGGCCGUUGGGUUUGCUUUUGGUUUUGUCUUCAAUCCUAAGAAGGGGGCACCGGCUUUGGAAAGCGGAGCCUGCGGAAUUGCAGGAGGCAGCGAUGCAGUACAGGAAGCCUCCACUCGAUCCCUGAAAUCCAGCCAAUGGUUGCUCUGACCCACAGCAAUAGCGCAGGUUCUCACCACCAGCAUUUGUACAGAGCAGGGAAUCCUGGUUUUAAGCCGAUGGCUAGCAUGGUGCGUGGGAGGAGAUUCUGCUCUAUGGCAGCUGCAGGACCCCACAUCCACAGCCUCUUUCCACCGCAAGACGGGUAGAAACACAUUCACUGCUUCAGGGUUCGAAUCUGUGUGUCUUCUUGCGGCUCCAUUUCUAUCCAGUAUGCUGUAAUUUUGAUACAUGCUGUAUUUUCUUUCCGUGACUCGGUUUAAAAGGCUUGGGUUCUUUGUUCAGCAAGCUGGCCAUCCUGCCGCUGUAUCUCCUUCCCUUCUGUGAGGUUUCAGAGCGCAGCCCAGUCAUUAGACUCCCUCUGUCUACUCAGUCCACACACAUCUUCAUCAUUUGCAAGGUCUUACGGCUGUUAAAGAAUCUUUUUGAACCCGAAGAUAAUUUCUCGUGAAGUUGAAUGCAAAUGUACUGUCAUUCAUAGUGUUUAUAUUAAAAAAAAAAAAUACCAGGAAUCUUCACUUUUGCUACCUUGAUAUAGCAUUGGGCUAUCAUGUUAACAUUGAAAUACAUCAAUUUAUUAAAAAAUACUUUUCUAAGAA